AUGAAGUCAUUGAUAGCAAAGAACAAAUCGCACUUAUUGAACGACCUCUUCUUACAUCAUAUAAAUACAACUGACUGGGGAAUCUUUCUUGCUCUUGAUGAAACUCAAAAUGAUAAACCUAUAGGUGGAGCUCUUGUAGCUAUGCCUGAAUGUGCAUUAUGGGAUUUACGUGUUGCACCUUCAUAUCGACGUUCAGGAAUUGGACGGGCUUUGUUAAAACAUGCUAUUCAAUGGAGUAAACAACAAGGAUUAACAACAUGUAUGAGUAUUGAAACACAAAAUACAAAUGUAUCUGCUUGUCGAUUUUAUGCAGCUAUGGGAGCUAGACUAGGUGAUAUUGAUAGAAAAGCAUAUGAAAAUAAUGAAGCAGUCAAAGAUGAAAUUCGAAUUAAUUGGUACAUUGAUUUAUGA